AUGACUCUAACAGAUCUGCAAUAUAAAUCGCUCAUCAAAGCUGAUUACGAAGACAAUAAAGUUCCUGCAACACCACCAGCACCAACCUCAAGGAAUAUAUUAGAUAAAUUUUCCUUGGAGAACAAGGUGUCUGUUAUCACCGGAGCAGCUGGUGAUAUAGGAGGUGCUAUAGCUGAAGGUUUUGCACAAGCUGGAAGUGAUAUUGUAAUUUUGGACUAUAUAUUCGAUCCUAGCAUCAGUGACCGAUUAUCUAAAACAUAUGGCAUUAAAUCAAAGUCCUAUCAAGUUGAUGUUUCGAAAUGUGAAGAAGUAAAAGCCACCAUAAAGCAGGUAGAAGAGGAUUUUGGUACAAUUGAUGUGUUCAUUGCCAAUGCAGGUAUUGCUUGGAACAAGGGUUCUAUUCUAAAUCAGGAUAGUACCCCAGAAGAAUGGGCAAGGGUUUAUGACGUCGAUGUACACGGGGUAUUUUACUGUGCGAAAUAUGCUGGAGAGAUUUUCAAAAAGAACGGAAAAGGUUCAUUUAUAAUCACAGCAUCGAUCUCGGCUCAUAUUGUAAAUGUACCCAACUACCAAACUUGUUAUAAUUCUGCCAAAGCCGCAGUUUUACAUAUGGGUAAGUCUUUGGCAGUUGAAUUUUCUGGAUUUGCUAGAGUCAAUACUGUUUCUCCUGGGUAUACCAAUACGUCAUUAUCGGAUCCAGUUCCGACUCACGAAAGGGCUAAAUGGUGGGGCUUAACUCCUUUAGGUAGGGAAGCAUUACCUGAAGAAUUGGUAGGUGCUUAUUUAUACUUAGCAAGCGAUGCAUCUUCCUUUACUACAGGAACUGAUAUUAGAGUAGAUGGAGGAUAUUGCUCAAUCUAG